AUGGGCCAUCCUCACGAUCAACGUCAAAGUCCUGGCCUAGAAGACAUUGAUUCUAAUCAGGCUUGUUGCAUUUGUUACAAUGCGUACAACGCUCCCGGUAGCGGCAGAGGUCGCGAACAAUCGGUGCAGCUCGCAUGCGGCCAUCGUUUUGGGACAAAGUGCAUAUCAAAGUGGAUCAAAGCCAAGAGUACAUGUCCGCUAUGCAGAGCGCCGCAAGUUCGAUUUGGUGAUCACUGCUACAGCAAGGUCUUAAGGGAGCAUAUUCGACUGGAUGUUGCCACGCCUCAUGUUGAACGUACAGAGCCAGAUCGUACAUUCGCGACCAUCUAUUGGUGGGAGAUGUCUGAUGAGAGGCAGUCUUCCCCAAAUAUCGCGCCACAAAGUCAUCCUGGUAGAACUUGCAUAGCAAGGCCUGUGCAGAACCGACGUUUUGUCGGACGAGUUUCACCACCGGGCAUCAAGUACAGCCCACACUUCGCUUUCGGCAUCGAAGAAGUCUAG